GGCAAUUGUCAAGACAAGUCAUUCAUGAAAGAAACAGUUGACGUACUGUCCAGAAGAUGAAAAAAACAACUAUAAACGAAAUAAAUACGAUCGUGUAUUAGUGUCCUUGUGUUGACAAAUGUCAAGACAAGUCAUUCCUGAAAGAAACAGUUGACGUACAGUCCAGAAGAUGAAAAAAAAAACUAUAAAUGAAAUAAAUACGAUCGUGUAUUAGUGUCCUUGUGCUGACAAAUGUCAAGACAAGUCAUUCCUGAAAGAAACAGUUGGUGUAGAGUUUUAGAGGGUGUCCGUCGUAUUGUGAACCAAGUGUAUAUCAUUGAUAAUUAGAUGCCUAAAUACUAAAAAGGAGAAAAAUUAUCGUGUAUUAGCGUGUACCAUCACAGAAUCCACAGGUCGUGAACCAAGUUGGGACUUCUGAUGUGACCAAAAACUCAGUAUUAUAGUUUGUGUUUCACCACACAGUAGCUCAGGUAAACUAAGAGCAUCAUAACAUUGGUACUCAUGUGAUAAUCCUUAUCAAAGCAGCUGGAUUGAUAGCGAUGGCUGGAAUUAGUGCAGGAUGGACAGUUGAGUCUAGAUUGAAAAAUGUUUGGAUUAUAUGAAUAUGCUUGCAGUUAUUAUUGUCGCAGUGAUGUGUUUAUGUGAAAACAGGAAAUAGAGGAAAGAAAUUGGACGGGUUUUUUUUUGCUGUUCAUAGUUUCUAUUUUUAUUUUCUUCAUGUAGCAUUAUGCUUGCCGUUUGUGUGUGUGUCGUCAGCAAAGAUAUGUUGCAUUAUGGACUAACAUUACGAAUUAACGUCAUCACCCUUUUUGGGUGAUUCUUUUAUGGAAUAAGGUGGAAGGUAUGGAAAUAUGAGCAUAUUACAGUGGAAGAUGAACAGGGACAACUACAUUGCAUCAUGCGAGUGGAGUUGUAUCAAAAUUUUUACAGAGGAGACAAGGGAACUAGCUGCUAUAGUGUUGAUCAAAGGUGAGCAAACCAAGAAACGUUGUUUCCUGGCUAUGUUUCCCAGGCGUGGGUAAACCAGGAACGUUCUUCCCUCGUCCUUUUUUUCAAAGGUGGGAAAUAUAUCACCUCUAUAAACUUUUGCAGUGCAUAAAAAAAGUGCACAGUUCUAAAAUGUCCACUGAACUGAAAAUUUCCAUAACCGCACAAAUAUCAACUUCGUUUGACGGACAAUUUAUAUAGAUAACGGCUGUACUUUAUAAAUUAUUCUCCAACUUGAGUUAGCAUCACAGGGUUUAAAAUAGCAGCCGUCUGCUGGAUGUCACCAGCAUUUUCACAGCACUAGCUGGCAACUUCUAAAUUUGCAACGGGGUUUUCUUCUUAAUUAAUUCAUCUAAUUUGUAGGUUUUGAGUGAAAAAGAUGCUGUCUUGGCAUAAAAGGAUCGCGUUAAAGCGUUCUGGCAGUCAUGCAUGAAUUUCUGGUAGCCUGUAGCCAUGAAUUUCUGGUAGUCAUGAAUUUCUGGUAGCCAUGAAUUUAUGGUAGCCAUGAAUUUCUGGUAGCCAUGAAUUUCUGGUAGCCAUGAAUUUCUGGUACUCGUAGCCAUGAACAAGGCGGUAACUGUUUGAUGAAAAUCAAUGCCCAGCAUAAUGCAUGAAAGAGCCAUGGUCGUUUUUAGUAAAUAUUUCAAAAUUUUAUUGUGUGAUGGUUUAUUUAAUUACCUGCAUUAUACUGGCUGGGCAUCAUGAUCCUGAAAAAAAUCGCCGGUAGAAAAAGGUACACGCACCAAACAGCCCAAUAUUAAAUUAAAAUUAUAUUUAUUUUAAACCCUGCAUGAUCAAUUUCCAUCUCGUUAUCAGGGGAGCUUUGGUAAUGAGUAAGAAAAUAUUAAUUCUGCAUGAGAUCCACCUUUUUCCAAAUAUCAAAAUUAAAACUUCGCAAUCCGAUCUCAGAAUAAAGAUAGUUUAAGGGUUUAAAGGGCAACAUUUUAUGUGGUGAUAUUUUGACUUUAUUUGAAAGUCUUCUUUUGAUUGUGCGUUGAUUUUAUUCUAUCUCAUUGAAUUUUUUUAUAUUUAUAUUUAUCAUUAUACCUUAUAGGAGCUGCUCAUACUUUUAAAUGGUUGAUAGGUCGUGGGAUGUUGUGUUGGGCUUUUAUAUACUUGUUGUAUGAAAUUGUAUUUCAUUGCAUUGAAUGCUUGCUUGCAGUUAGCCUGACGUUCGUGCAGAGCGCAGAGCCAGAGAGUGUCCUCGGUAUUUUCCAACUAUGUCAAUAAAUAUAAAAUAAUUCGUCUCAAGAAUGCUUGCUAGCUGGCAUUCAGCGUGCAGUUGAUGCACAGCCCAGAGAGUGUCCUCCGUAUCGUGAACUUCAAUGUCAAUAAUCAUAAAAUAAUUCAUCUCAAGAAUGCUUGCUGGCAGUUAACGUUCACGGAGGGUGUUCGCCGUAUUGUAAACCACUCGAGAGUCGAUGCUGUUGACAACAUUUAGUAAUACCUCUGCAGCCGUGAUGCGUGUUGUUCUAGAGUGUUAAAAUAAUGAAAAUGGGAAGUAGAUUAUGGAUUGCAUUACUAUAAUUAUGCAGAUUGCUUGCGUAUAAACUUUGUCUUUGUAUUUAGUUGUUGAUGUUAACGGUUUUCUUAUAUAUUUACUGUAAUUAUUCUGUAG